AUCUCACUUGGCGCAGGCCGUUGCGAGUAUGAUACUCGAGCUUCAGCAGCUGAUCGCCGUCCUGCUUACAAUCAUUACAUUCUUACCUUUAUGCGGCAAAAAGAAAGCCAAACCAAAACAAGCACCCUCCAUGAUGAACAAGCCGCCACCUCCAGGCGCGCCUGCAGCCGCUCCUGGAGCUCCGACUGCGGGUGCUCCAGCAGCAGCAGCUCCAGGUGGAGAGGCUCCUAAAGAAGAAAAGAAGGAGGGCGAAGUCAAACCAUCUGGUGAAAAAGAAGGUGAAAAGAAAGAGGAGAAGAAAGAAGAGAAGAAGGAAGAGAAGAAAGAGGAAGAGAAGAAAGAGGAGAAGAAGGAGGAAAAGAAAGAGGAAGAGAAGAAAGAGGAGAAGAAGGAGGAGGAGAAAAAGGAAGAGAAGAAAGAGGAAGAGAAGAAGGAAGAGAAGAAAGAAGAGGAGAAGAAAGAGGAAAAGAAGGAUGAAGAGAAGAAGGAGGGAGAAGGCGAAAAGAAGGAAGAGAAGAAAGAAGAUGCGCCAAAAGAAGAAGAGAAGAAAGAAGAAAAGAAGGAGGGUGAGGGUGAAAAGAAAGAGGAGGAAAAGAAAGAGUAGUCCGAAAUUUCCGGCUAACUUGUACGAAAUAGAUACUAAUGAUAAAGAUCAAUACUGCGACACAAAUGUUGUCAUCGAUGUGCCGACAUUGAUCCAACGCAUAAAU